CUUUAUGUGAAUGCUAUUGCAUCGGUAUUGUCAUACCACCAAAUAUCACGAGUCUCAACGCCAGAUUCAAUACAAUGGCCGACUGGGACUACGGUGAAGAGAAGGGUCCCCAAAAAUGGUAUAUCAAGUACCCUGCAGCUGCAGGAAAAAGGCAAAGUCCCAUCGAUAUCCCAAUUAAAAAGGCAGUUCAAGCUACGCUGCCACAGCUCAAGGGGGUGUAUAUCACGGAUAAGAUUAGGCAGACUUUGCACAAUGUUGGACACGGUUGGAAACUGGUAACAGAAGGGGAGAAUAGCGAUUUGUCACUAAGUGGUUAG